AUGGAUUCAAGCUAUAGCCCGGACCCCUCGACCGACGAAUCCGGCACUCUCUAUACCGCGCUACUAUCACAAAGGGAUCUAGCCAGCAGAAUCCCAAUCAACCAUGUCACCGCACCGGGUGUUGAUCUGACCCCUGUGUGUUUCUCGGAUCAUCGCUACGAGGAUGCUGCUGCACAGCAAUGCCUCUCGAAUCUUCUUGCUGUUGGAUUUCAUAGGAUAAUCGUCGACUUGUACUGGGACCAGAGCCGACAGACAUGGAGUCUGUGUCCAGUUGAACUCGACAAUCAAGGAAAUGCGACCUCACCUAUCAGGACUGGAGCCUUUCCUAGCAGCCUCUCGACCUCCUCUUCUUCCACAAGUCCGUCGGCUACUCUGACUAGGGCCAGGGUUUCUGAAGACACGGCCGCACCUAUAGUACGGGAUGUUCUGCACAGUUCCUUGAUUUCUGCCAAUGAAGGCGUGCACCAUUCGGGGGGACUCCAAGUCCGACAAACUUCCGAAGUUGCCUCCGAAUCUAUAGCCGCAUCUGGCACCAGUGCAGCUUUGACGAGCGCUACACUUGCGGCCGCUCCAAGCAGCACGACCAACGGAGACAGCACGGCUGCAGCAUCUCAAUCGUCGUCCGCUGUACAGCCGUCGCAGAGCGGGCUUCAAAUUGAUGGCUACUCAUGUACAGACACCAUUGGCAUAUCCACCUUGACCGACGUACUGGCGGCGUAUUUUGAAGUGACCGAAAAUGACCUGAAUGCGACUUUCAAAUACCUCGAGUUCAACGUGCGCUUGGCUGCUCCGCUCAAUGACCCCACCGAUACCACGAGUUCAGCCGAUCCUGAAAGGCUGCCCGCUUCAGGUAACUACAUCAGCGAUCUUAUCAACUCGACUCUCUCCCGAUAUCUAUACACGCCAGCAGCCCUUCGGUCCGAGAGAGCCAAUCUGAAUCAAUCAUGGUUUGCAGGCAAUAUCGACAAUCCGCCAGCGGCGGAGUAUAUGACGAUAUUGCCUCUGGAUAAUGCAUCUGGAGUGUACACACAGAACGGCUGGCCCAGUGAGAGCAUCAUCAUGUUUCUGCGUGCUCUGCGUGUCAUAGCAAGCAUCGGAACAGUGGACCCUCAGAUGCAGCAAUAUGACUUUGAGGCAGAUGCUGAAACCGUCUUUUCACCUGGCUUUAUCUCAAACGAUAUUGACACAACAUUGUCUUCCAAUGGUACUGUCAUCGCUGGCUGCCUGUAUCAAUCUAGCAACAUCACAGUCCCAAUCGCAAAUUCUUCAUGGGCCAUCUCCAGCAAUCUACCCAACAAUACAAUCAUCAACACGACAUCUAGUGCAGCUCUAGAUUUGUCGUCAUGUGGUAUAUCACCCAUACUAGACAUGCCGUUGCUAGGCAACUCAGCAACAAACAACGCGACCACCUAUCGUGCAUUCAUUCGCAAUUCACUCUGGGGCUGGGACACGGACGAGCCCAGCGACAGUCUAUCGACAGCAACGACCAACCGCCACUGCGCAGUCUCCAACCUCGCCAACAACGGUCUUUGGGAAGUCGUAGACUGCACCAACGAAAACCGCUUCCUCUGCCGUCGCGACGACUCACCCUACACCUUCAGCAUCAGCGACGCCAAAAAUCGCUACUACCAAGGCUACGAAGCUUGCGACCAAGGCUAUACUUUCGCUGUCCCUCGCACCGCACUCGAGAAUCGAUAUGCGGUUGCUGCCAUGUGGGAUUUCUUAUCCCGACAGACCGACUAUGACAAUGCGCCCGUGUUUUGGCUGAGCAUCAACGACAUCGAUACCAAGGAUUGUUGGGUCAGCGGUGUGGAUGAGAUUUGUCCGUACAGAUCUGACGAUAGAGAUACGAAUAAGCCCACGGUGGUCAUACCUACCGUGGCUGGUGUCAUUGUUUUCCUGUUGGCCAUCUUGACAAUCAUGGUCAAGUGUGCUGCGAACAGACAGAACACGAGACGCAGACGCAAACGUGGCGAGGGAGGUUGGGACUAUGAAGGUGUGCCUUUGUAA